GCGGUGAGCGCGCGGAGCCGAGUACCUCCAGCCGCAUCAUCCCGACUCUGACACCUUCCAAGUUCACGACUAUCGCGACCGACGGGAAUAGCUGAUGGCCCCUGGACGUGGAUUUACCGGCAUGGAGCUGCUGAGCGCCGGCGGAGCCUGCUGCGGAGAGGAGGAUUCCCCGUCACACUGACUGGAGUUGCUCCAUCGCAUUUCCAGGGGGCACUGCGCGCUGCGACCCCCGAAGUUUAGCAUGGUUGCCUGGGAUUCGGUGCUGCUGUGAGGGCGCCUACCUGCUGGAUCUGACCGCCGCCUUCCAUGCCCUCCAGCCCCGGACUUUACUUGCGGUAUUAGCCCCCGGCAGCAUCCAUGUCCUGAUGACGUCUGGCCCCCGGACCGAGGAUCCCUUGGCUUCUGCUGGCUCCAAUUAGAAAUGAGAUGUAAGGCAUCUUGCAGUCCAUGCACGCCUCCUCUUGCAAAUCGGCACCGUUCCUCAGUGACAGCCCUUUAAAUCCUAAAAUCCAAGAAAACAAAGGAAGCACAUUAUCAUGGACCUAAGGGAUUUUUACCUGUUGGCCGCUCUUAUUGCCUGCUUAAGGCUGGAUUCUGCGAUUGCCCAAGAACUUAUCUACACCAUAAGAGAGGAACUGCCUGAAAAUGUACCAAUUGGAAACAUACCAAAGGACCUGAAUAUCUCCCAUAUCAAUGCUGCCACUGGGACCAGCAGCAGCCUUGUAUACAGACUGGUUUCCAAAGCCGGUGACUCUCCUCUGGUCAAAGUGUCCAGUAGCACCGGAGAGAUCUUCACAACCUCCACCAGGAUAGACCGAGAGAAAAUCUGCGCCGGAGCAUCUCUUGCCGAUGAAAAUGAAUGUUUCUUUGAACUUGAAGUUGUCAUUCUCCCCAAUGACUUUUUCAGACUUAUCAAGAUAAAAAUAAUAGUCACGGACACCAAUGAUAACGCUCCUAUGUUCCCAUCAACUGUGAUUAACAUCUCCAUUCCUGAGAAUACUCUAAUAAACAGCCGAUUCCCAAUUCCAUCAGCAGUGGACCCAGACACCGGGUUCAACGGAGUGCAGCACUAUGGACUAUUAAAUGGACAAAGCGUCUUCGGACUGGACAUAGUGGAGACGCCAGAGGGGGAGAAGUGGCCACAGCUCAUAGUGCAGCAGGUCUUGGACAGAGAGCAGAAAGAUACCUAUGUCAUGAAAAUUAAAGUUGAGGAUGGCGGAAACCCUCAAAAAUCCAGCACUGCCAUCCUUCAAGUGACAGUAAGUGACGUGAAUGACAACAAACCGGUGUUUAAAGAAAGUCAAAUAGAGGUUCACAUUCCUGAGAAUGCUCCCACGGGGACCUCUGUAGUCCAGCUCCAUGCAACAGAUGCAGAUAUAGGGACCAACGCUGAAAUCAAAUAUAUUUAUGGUGCCCAAGUCACAUCUGCUACCAAAAGACUCUUUGCUUUAAACAACACGACUGGAUUAAUUACAGUUCAGAGAGCGCUAGACAGGGAAGAUACCGCAGUUCACAAGUUAACCGUCCUAGCUACAGAUGGCAGCUCCACACCGGCAAGGGCAACUGUCACCAUCAAUGUGACAGAUGUGAAUGACAACCCGCCCAAUAUCGAUCUCAGGUAUAUUAUAAGCCCUAUCAAUGGAACAGUGUAUUUAUCAGAGAAAGACCCGACCAACACAAAGAUAGCGCUAAUUACCGUGUCGGACAAAGACACCGAUGUGAACAGCAAGGUCAUCUGCUUUAUUGAAAGAGAGGUCCCCUUUCAUCUAAAAGCUGUCUAUGAUAACCAGUACCUUCUAGAGACCUCUUCCUUGUUGGACUAUGAGGGCACCAAAGAAUACAGUUUUAAAAUAGUGGCUGCUGACACUGGAAAGCCAAGUCUCAACCAGACAGCCCUGGUGAGAGUGGAGCUCGAGGAUGAGAAUGACAACCCUCCAAUCUUUACCCAGCCUGUAAUUGAGCUAUCUGUGUCUGAAAACAACCGCAGAGGUCUAUACUUAACUACUAUCAGUGCCACCGAUGAAGACAGUGGGAAGAACUCAGACAUUGUGUAUCAGCUUGGCCCUAAUGCUUCUUUCUUCGAUCUGGACCGGAAGACAGGAGUCUUGACAGCCUCCCGAGUUUUUGAUAGAGAAGAACAGGAACGUUUCAUUUUUACUGUCACAGCCAGGGACAACGGUACUCCCCCACUGCAGAGCCAAGCCGCCGUCAUUGUGACUGUCCUAGAUGAAAAUGACAACAGUCCCAAGUUUACGCACAACCACUUUCAGUUCUUUGUAUCUGAGAACCUACCAAAGUACAGUACAGUCGGCGUGAUAACAGCCACAGAUUCGGAUGCAGGAGAAAACAAAGCUGUCACACUUUCAAUACUCAACGACAAUGAGAACUUUGUCCUGGAUCCAUAUUCUGGUUUGAUCAAGUCUAAUGUGUCCUUUGACAGAGAGCAGCAAAGUUCUUACACAUUUGAUGUCAAAGCCGUAGAUGGAGGACAGACUUCACGUUCCUCCACGGCCAAAGUAACAAUCAAUAUAAUGGAUGCUAAUGAUAAUAGCCCUGUAGUUAUCUACCCUCCAUCCAAUACAUCAUUUAAGCUGGUGCCUCUUUCAGCCAUUCCAGGCUCGGUGGUUGCUGAGGUCUUCGCUGUUGAUAUUGACACUGGGAUGAAUGCUGAAUUAAAAUACACUAUUGUCAGUGGAAACAACAAAGGUCUGUUUCGUAUAGACCCAGUGACAGGCAACAUUACUCUAGAAGAAAAGCCUUCUUCAACAGAUAUAGGCCUGCACCGCCUGGUGGUCAAUAUAAGUGACUUAGGAUAUCCCAAGCCUUUGCACACUCUGGUACUUGUGUUUUUAUAUGUCAACGAGACCGCCGGGAAUGCUUCCUACAUUUACGAUUUGAUUCGCAGGACUAUGGAAACUCCUUUGGACAGAAAUAUUGGAGAUAGCAGUCAACCCUACCAAAAUGAGGAUUAUCUGACAAUUAUGAUUGCCAUAGUGGCAGGUGCCAUGGUGGUGAUCGUAGUCAUCUUUGUGACUGUUCUUGUUCGAUGCCGGCACGCGUCAAGGUUUAAAGCUGCCCAGAGGAGCAAGCAAGGGGCAGAGUGGAUGUCACCAAAUCAGGAAGGCAAGCAGAAUAAGAAAAAGAAAAGGAAGAAACGGAAAUCUCCUAAAAGUUCUCUGCUGAACUUUGUAACCAUUGAGGAAUCUAAACCUGAUGAUACUGUUCAUGAACCUAUCAACGGGACAAUUAGCCUUCCAGCCGAGCUGGAGGAACAAGGGAUUGGACGCUUUGAUUGGGGUACAGCUCCUCCAACCACCUUCAAGCCUAACAGCCCUGACCUAGCUAAGCAUUACAAAUCUGCCUCUCCGCAGUCUGCUUUUCAUCUAAAAGCAGAUACUCCGGUGUCGGUGAAAAAGCAUCAUGUGAUUCAGGAACUCCCUUUGGACAACACCUUUGUUGGGGGUUGUGACACCCUCUCCAAACGCUCUUCCACUAGUUCAGAUCACUUCAGUGCCUCAGAGUGCAGCUCCCAGGGAGGCUUCAAGACAAAAGGUCCCUUACACAACAGACAGGUAAACGAGCACUUUUACUGGUCUAUAAGUACUGCAUACAAGUGCCCAAUCAACCAGUAUUAAAGUGCCAGUAUGUCUUCAUACGGUCUUCUUUGGCUUGCUCAUGUUACCCAGAGGGAAAAAAAAUCAACCCCUUUAACUUUAUUUUGACUGAGUCUUGACUGACUUUGAAGGACUCAGAGAUCUGGAAUAUAUAUGCAUAUAUAUGUGUAUGCAUAUAUAAUUAUGUAUAUUCUUGAUUGUACUGUACCAUAUAUGUGCAUGUGAAAUCUCACAAUCCCACUGUAACACCUACACAGUAAUAAGAAAAAAAAUAAUAAUAUAUAUAUCUCUAAAGAAAAAUUACCCUGGACUUGCUAGCCUCACAAUACAUACGUCACCUAUGUUUCACUAUGCAGCCUUCAGAGGACUGGUUUUAACAUUUUUAUUUCAUGGACAUGAAUAAUAUGGUCUAAAAAAAAAAAAAAGGGGUUAACUUUUUUUUUACUCUUGCUGGAAAAUUGGAAAAUCUGUUGAUAUAUUGUUGUACUUUGCAAAAAGAAUUGUGAGAAGAUGCAUGAUUGGGUGCAAUUCACAUCUCGAGUGUUUUUUUUUUUUUUUAUAUAUAUAUAUAUACGUCAGCAAAGCUAAUAGCAUGCUAGUCAACACGUGCUUGCGGCUAAAUCAGCGUUCCGUGUGCAUUGAUACGCCGCGUGCCUUUAGCUGCACAGUAGCUUUCAUCAGUACAGGGCCUACAAAUAGUCUAUCAUUUGUCCUUAAUCCACGUUAUUUUUUUUUUAAAUGUCUGGCGAAAUCCGUAUUACCGUAGACUGUCAGUUAGAGUGCACUAGAAGAGCUUCCCUUGAAUGUAUGAGCACACAAGGUCAUAGAUAUGAAUUGUCCCCCCCCAUGUCCCCAAUAUGUCAUACCCCAAAGUUUCCUUAAACUGCCCCUGGGAGUGUGCGGAUUCUGCCACGUGCCGUCUUAUGCCCGCUCCUAUAAUGCAAACGUAUACUUUGAGGGAAUGGAUUUAUCCCAAUAAUUAGAGCAAAAUUAUGCAGAACCAAAUCAAUCCAUUGUAAAUAUUUCUUCAUCUAAGCAAAGGCAAAGCAAUCUGUCAAAGCUCAUUUUAGCUGUGAAAUUUGCCAUCUAAAGAGGGAUUAGUGAGCAGGGAAACUCAUAUUUUACAAAAUCCAGCAUUAGCUUUCAGUCCAAUAAUUCCCUACUAAUAAAGAUUUAAACGCAGAGCUGUCUAAUUUAUUUCAUUGAGACUUGUCUGCUGCCUGUAAAUGAGCGGCACGGAACGGCCUGUAGAUGGCAGUAAGGCUCUAUGUGGGCUGUGCUGGCUCGGCGCCAG